AUGCCGGCCAUGGGUCGCUGCGAGACCUGCCCCACUUCGCCCAUCCACAGCCGACCACUUUGCAUCAAAUGCCUGCCCGACCACCCGAGGCAUACCAUUUAUCCCAUAGGUGAACUCCGCCAAACCCUGGCUACUGCAGGCCGGGAAGCUUGGCGAGAAGAUAAGGGCUGCUACAGCGCUCUCCUCGGCAUCCACCAUAUGGCCGAACGGAUCGACGCGAGUAUUCAGGGCGCAACAAACGAAGUGCGUGCCGAGAUGCAUCGACAUAUGUCGGCGCUAGAAGAGCGGAAGCGAGACCUCCUCCAAAGCCUGCACACCAUGAAGCAGUCCAAGCAGACUGUACUCGCCGAACAGGGAAGAGCCAUUGGCGCCUACCGGAAUCAGCUGUCUACGGCCGUGAAGCUCCUGGACUCGGUCAGCGACAAGGACGGGGAUUCCGCUCUGCUGCCCGUCUUCGAGCAGCUCGUCCGCCUUUUCUCGACUCGGGCCCCGCCUCUCGACCCGAAUGAGAAUGAUAUGAUUCACUUCCAAGGGCCUGAACCGCAACUGCACGCUAGACUCCGUUCCCUCGGCAACCUCGAAAGCGGCCCAUCCGUAGCGACAAGUCUGGUCAUCGGGGAGGUCAAACGAAGGCUCGUGCUCGAGCAAUGUGCCACCAUCCAAGUCCAACUCCGCGACGCCUCCGAUGCCGAGAUGACCGUCACCGGAUACGCGCAAUGCCUUGGCGUACGUAUCUGCCAGCCCGACGGAUCGGCGUUGGAUUUGAGCAUCAGCGAGCGGUCAAUCGGCCUAAUCGACAUCAACUUUGUGCCGAAGCUGGAGGGGCUUCACAUUGUCCACAUCACCCUCUACAGCGGGGCCUACAUCAAGGGCGCACCGUUGGAGCUGGAAGUCAGAAGGGGGCGCAACUAUCGUGAGAUACUCGAUCGAGGGGAGUUGUUCCAUUUCGGGCGUGAAGGGAGCGGGGACGGCGAAUUAUGUCGUCCGUGGGGAAUCAGUUGUGACAAGGCGGGUCGUAUCAUCGUGGCCGAUCGGAGCAAUAAUAGGGUUCAGGUAUUCGACUCCGAGGGCAAGUUCUUACUCAAAUUCGGCACCGGUGGAACUCGCCCCGGACAAUUCGACCGCCCGGCCGGCAUCUGUGUCAACUCCAUCAACCAGAUCAUCGUCGCCGACAAGGACAACCACCGGAUACAAGUGUUCGACAGCAACGGCGUCUACGUGUUCAUGUUCGGCGAGCGGGGCCGCCCCACCGGGAUGUUCAACUACCCCUGGGGUGUUGCCACCGAUCAUUUGGACCAAAUUGCCGUCUCGGACACGCGGAACCAUCGAGUCCAGCUCUUCUCCCCGACGGGGCAAUACCUCGCAAAGUGCGGCUUCGACACGGCCUACUUCUUCAAACAUCUCGACUCGCCGAGGGGUGUCUGCUUCUUGCCGGAUAGUCGACUGCUGAUCACCGACUUCAACAACCACCGCAUCGUGAUGAUGGCCACCGGAAAUGGCCCCGACCUCAACAUGAAAUGCUUUGGCAGCGAGGGCGACGGGGAAGGAAUGCUACUCCGCCCACAGGGCCUAGCCCUCGAUCAAGAAGGGCAUCUCCUCGUCUGCGACUCGCGCAAUAAUCGAAUCCAGGUUUUUGUCCUCAACGACAUGCGCUGUGCGGCCAUCUUUGGCGGGCCGCGCAUCCCGAGCGCCCGCAAGGAGGAUGCGAAACCCGCGAUGGGCGGCGGUCGAAUGCCAACAAUGUUCCCCGACUUUACAUCGCCACCACCAGUCGUUGUGAAACAAGGGGCCACCCCGCAGACGAGCAACGACUCGGUCAAGCACGCUGAAGGGGUCGUCCCCGAACUCGACCGCCCGACCGACCUUUGCGUCGGACUUGACGGCCGCGUCUACGUCGUUGACCUGGGCAACAAUUGCAUUCGCGUCUUU